UGAGCCAACAAGGAAGCAGAACAGACCAGCUUGAGUUGACGGCUUUGCUAUGUGGUCAUGAGCGAAAGCAGUUGUUUUUGAACCAUUUAACCGGGGUCAGAAGGGAGGCUCUUGAAAAUGGAAGGCUGACAGCUUAAAGAAAGAAAAGUCAGGGUAUUUAAGUACACAUUUAUUAAAAGCUGAGCAACAAUGAUGUCAGAAUGCGACCCGCCGCCGGAGACCAGCGAUUCCGUGCUGGACACCGGAGCAACAGCGGGAACGUUACCUGAGUCCGAGUGUAACUUCUACUCCUCAGAGCCUGUGAAGGUAUUAUAUGACAGGAGUGGGAUAGGGUUGGGACUUGCGGCGAACCCUGGAGUCGCUGUUCGUAUUUCGGACUCUUGUGAAAGCGUCCUGACCGAGCUGGAGACCGACGGCUCCGGCGAAGAGGCGCUGUUGUUACCGUGUUUAGCAGGAAGCUCGUGGUCUCCGCGAGCUGGACGAGAGAAGCGGAGCAGACACAGCUCGUCGUCGGAUAAAGACACCUUGGCCUCCCCAGGUACCAACAGUGGAGACUUCAACCAUUUCCCCGACGACCCUGAGUUUGCAGAUAUUAUCAAAAGGGCGGAACAAGCCAUCGAGAACUGCGUCUUUCCGGAGAGGAUCUCCCAAGGUUCCAGUGGCAGCUACUUUGUCAAAGACCCAAAAGGGAAAGUCAUUGGUGUGUUCAAACCAAAGUCCGAGGAACCUUACGGUCACCUUAACCCCAAAUGGACCAAAUAUUUUCACAAGCUGUGUUGUCCAUGCUGUUUCGGCCGAGGCUGCUUGCUGCCUAACCAGGGCUACCUCUCCGAGGCUGCUGCCUCACUGGUUGAUACCAAGCUCGGCCUGGGAGUGGUGCCGAAAACCAAGGUGGUGUAUCUGGCCAGUGACACAUUCCACUACAGCGCCAUCGACCGAGCCAAAUCCAGGGGCAAGAAGUACGCCUUAGAGAAAGUCCCCAAGGUGGGACGACGCUUCCACAGAGUGGGCCUGCCACCCAAGGUGGGCUCGUUUCAGCUGUUUGUGGAGGGGUACCGUGAAGCGGACUACUGGCUGCGGCGCUUUGAGGCCGAGCCCCUGCCGGAGAACAUCAGGAAGCAGCUGCACUCCCAGUUUGAGCGGCUGGUAGUGUUGGACUACAUCAUCAGAAACACAGAUCGAGGGAACGACAACUGGUUGAUCAAGUAUGAGAAGCCGGGAGGGGAGGGACAAAAGGACGCAGAGUGGCCAGAGCACAGCUCCGAGUCCUGCAUUCAGAUCGCAGCCAUCGACAACGGCCUGGCCUUCCCCUUCAAACACCCGGACGAAUGGAGAGCCUACCCAUUCCACUGGGCAUGGCUCCCCCAGGCUAAGGUGGCCUUCUCCCAGGAGACCAGAGACCUGGUGCUGUCCCGCCUCUCUGACAUGAACUUUGUCCAGGACCUCUGUGAGGACCUCUAUGAAAUGUUCAAGACGGAUAAAGGCUUCGACAAAACCAUGUUUGAGAGAACGAUGUCUGUGAUGAGGGGACAGGUGUUGAACCUGACCCAAGCGCUGAAGGACGGGCGGAGCCCCAUCCAGCUGGUGCAGAUGCCCCGGGUGGUGGUGGAGCGCAGCCGCUCGGGCGGCCACGGCCGCGUGGUCACGCUCGGCAACGCCUUCACGCAAACCUUCCACUGCAAGCGGCCCUUUUUCUCCUCGUGGUAGAGACGGGCGAGCUGAGGAGAGACUUCUGCAACAGGUCUUUAUUUGUUUUGGGUUUUUUUUGUCCUGAAGUGAGGGAGAACUGGACACUGCUCCUAUUUCUCUGACAAGAGAAGAAGUGAAGAAGAAGACACGGAUGAUGAAGAAACUUGGCUUCAGUCCAUCCCCCGUGGUUGUGAAGAGACACCGAGAAGCGUGGCUGCUGGAGAGAUUGGCGUACCGUUGUCUCAUUGAGACCUUGGGGCUGUUUGUGGUUACCAUGGUGACUUGAUUAGAUAAUCAGCUUUUCCACAGAGGUGGGCUUUGUUUAUUGUUAGAAGGCAGAAAGGAUAUUUUUUUUUUUUUUUUUUUUUUUUUUAAACCCACCCACAGUACCUACUGAAGUCUCUUGCAAGGUGUCUUAGUGGGGUUAAUGGCCAAAGAAAAGUCCCUGCAGAACCCAGAAGGACCAGAUCCGCGGGCCGCUAUUUUGGGGAAUUUGAAGCAGCGCUUUCACAGAUCUCUCCAGAAAGGGAUUUAUAAAAUCCGUGUGAACGUUGGUCCCGGUCUGGGACAAAGUCCCCAAACCGAUUUGCUUUGCCUUGUAGGACCACGUGUUAAAAUAUAGUUGUGGACUUGCACCGCUGGAGGGUGUUUGACGAGUUCUCCAGAACCGGGUCAGACCACUUUUUACCCAGUGUUUUGUGUCUUCAACUCUCACUACUGCCAAAAUCUGCUUGUGGGAGGAAUAUUUUCAAAAGCCUCAAGAAGAGAAUAUUGUUGAAACUUGAAUAUGAAAUGUGGGGUUGGAGGACUAGUGAUAAGCACUGCUUGAAUGUAAUCCGUUUACUACACAGAUUCCCGCUCCUCAACAUUUCAAUACGAGUGAAUGAAGUCUAUAUUUUUUUUGUAACAAUGAAUGUAUUUGUUGUUAGACAUGUAUUUAAUUCCAUGGGCGGGAGGUUCCUGGUCCCCGCCCUUUACAGGAAAUUACAGGAAGAGGAAAGACAAAAACAGAAGGGGAUAUUUCACACUUGCUUGAUGCCGUCGUUUUUCUUAUGUAUGCAUCUUGACAUUUUUAUUCCAACUCGAUGAUUGUAUGAGUAAAGUUGUAUAUUUAACAGAUGAAAAAAUAAAAUUUGGGAAAUUU